GGGCGGUGGAAGGAGGUCGAAGUGCUGGAGUUGCAAGUGAUGGAGACGUUCAAGAAGGUGCUUAGGGAGGACCAUCUGUCUAACACGCCAGCCAGCAAAGCCACCUGGCGUCGACGGCGGUGGAAGGAGGCCAAAGAGCUGUUUGUGCAAGUGAUGGAGACAAGUGCGAGGGUGCUUAGGGAGGAGCAUCUAGACACGCUAACCAGCAUAGCCAACUCAGCUAGAGUCAACGUACAGGAAUUAAGGGCGGUGGAAGGAAGCUAA